AGGGAGGACUGACAACGAAGUCAAGAAUUAUUGGAAUACUCACAUAAGAAAGAGGCUUCUCAAGAGCGGCAUAGACCCCGUCACUCAUACUCCCCGCCUUGAUCUUUUCGACCUUUCCUCGUCUCUCCUAAACCUUAAUAUCUCCAAUGCGCUUCAUUUACAAGCCUUGAUAAACCCGGAGAUGUUGCGUCUUCUAUCCACUCUCACGGCAGCAAAGAACGAAUAUACUUCACACAAUUUAUCCCAAAAGCUUCUAGAGAGCUGCCAUUUCACAAAUGAUCAAUUAUUGUUUCAGAAAUUGUGGCAAGAAAACCAAGCCGCCCUAAUGAACAACCUCACGACCUCGACUUGCCCGACAUCAUCAAAUAACACGCAGCCGAUGAACACCGCUGCCGCUACCACAAGCCCCGUCGAGUUGAAUAAUAUUGGCCACGAGAAUACGAUUAAAAGUGCAGCCCAGUGCACAUUGACAUAUCCACGAGGCGAGUACCCGGGGAAUCCGCUCCCAAGACUUGAACACGUCACAUCUCGAUCACACGACAACACUUUAACAUUCGACCACCAGAAUACGAUGAUGCAAGAAAAUUUGGUUCCUUCAAGUGAUUUUUUUACAAGUCCGGAGAGCUAUGGUUCCUUUGGAGUAGGACUUGGGAAUGAUGAGCCCUUAACCGAAAUGUGCAAUCACAAUAGUCAAAGGAGUUCCAGGUUUGAUUAUUCUUCAGUUCUUCCCACGCCUUUGUCGAGUCCGGGAACGGCUACAUUUGUUAACGGCGACGGCUGUACGGAGGAAAAGAAAGAACGUCAUUAUUACACUAAUAUGAUGGAAUUCUUUGAAAAUUCGUCUUGUUUUGAUGUCUAGAGCUUGCUGUAAAUAUUCUUUGCCACCGGUGGGCACUCGAUCUAUGCGUUUGUAUAUAUACACUAUACGUUUGUAUGUCG